AUGGAUUUUGAAGAUAAAGAGCAGGUGGAAAAGCUCUUUGAUCGUCUUCACCGACUUGCCAAGGAGAUGGCUUGUGGUUUUUGCGAUAGAAACUUUGUUGAUCCGAAUUCAUUAAAAUGCUCUCACCGAUUCUGCAGCAAAUGCAUCAGAGACCAUAGGAAAAGCAAGGAUCAGUGUCCGAUCUGCAAAGAGCCAGUAUUAAAACAGCAAGUUGUACUCGUACAAACGAACAUUAAACUGUUUCAGGCGGGCUUCCUUAAACUGUUAAAAGUUUUGGAGAAAAAGCAUCUCAAGAAUUCUCCUCGUAUUCGAGUUAUGCAGGACUUCAUGUGUAAUCGCGUACCAUUUGCCCACGUGAAACGUCAAUUCGAAGCCACAGAUGAUAAAGAAGUUCCAUACGAGCCAACUGAAAGUGACUUCAAAGAAAAUCGUUUUCUCAAUUUCAACACUUCAUACGACCUAACUAGCAAUAAUAAUAUCGUAGAAGAAACAAUGAACAAGUCUUUAGACAAAACAUUCGACACAUUGACCCCUUCAGCCGGAAGCGUUUCGAUGCUCUCUGUCGACGAAACAUUUUUUGGCGAAGAAAAAGAUGACACUAAAGAAUCACAAGUUAAACAAUCAAAAGAUAACGCCGGAUCUAUUGGCUUGCCAAAAUGUGAUUCUGACGAUUCGGAUGACUCGGAACCAAUGGAUGUGAGCGACGAAACGGAUUCUGAUUCAAGCUCGUCUGAUGAUGAAGAAUUGGACAAAGACACGCAAAGUCAAUAUUCCGUGAAGAAACAACGCAUCAAUUAUACACACACAAAGGAGGAUCAUUUUGAUCGCGUCGUCAAAAAUACAGAGAAAAAAGCUAUUCAUCCAAAGUCUCCUGAAUAUGGCGGAAGUCCAGAACUGGAAGGCGUUUUCGACUUUUUGAGUGAUUCAGAUGACUCGCUUAGUGAUUUUUCUAAACUGUAA